AUGAUAACCACACAUCUACUGUACCCUGUAAUCAUCAAGCGCUUGAGCUCUUUUGAGGAAUUGAUGCCCAGCCACCCCAUCAAACCGAUAGUACUAGCUGUUGCUGGUUUCUAUUAUACAGGUGUAAAUGAUAAAGUCUUAUGUGCUUUUUGCGGUGUUGUUUAUAAUAAAUGCAUUGCAGAUGACAUACCGUCAGAUAAACAUAAAGACGAUUGUUUUUUUCUGACUGCCUAUAAACAAGCUCAAAAACUGUGGACUGUCGAAGAACGUCUAAAAACUUUUACAAAUAGGAAUAUUUCUGCUAAAAAACACGCAGAAGCUGGUUUUUUUUAUGAAAAUAGUAAGACUUAUUAUAUAACGAAUAAAGACAUUACUUUGAUGAGUGUUCGAUUAGCAACAUUUCACAACAACGGUACUGGUUCGCCUACUCCUCUACGUGCUUAUAGUGAAAUCAGACAAGUUACAUGUAAUUUUAUACAUACAGGCCCAUUUAAACGAACUAUAACUGCAGAUCUUUGUAUUAUCAUUGAUAUCUUCAAAAAUGUGGAAACACAAGACAGGCGAGGUAAACAGAGAGGCGAAUCAACGUAUUAUAUUAACAUGGGUUGUACUGUAACACUUUUAAAUCGCCGAUAUGUACGAAAGUUUGACGCGUAUUUACAUACAUACUCUUGCACCACACCACGCACAAACAAUGCUACAGAGGACUUGCUCACUACAUUAAAUAGUUGUUUAGAAGAUGUAAAAAUAAAAUCAUACUAUGUAAUAGGUGAUAAAAUUAGAAUUAUUGCUAGUAACCCGCGCUUUAAUCAACCACUUUCAACACCAGCGCAUACUUCUACUACAUUUGCCUGUUUAUUAGAUCUAGUGGAAGAUGUCUUGACAUCUGACGAGUCUGUCUCUAUUAACGAAACAACGUUUGACAUACAAGUACUUAAAUUACCUAGAGGCUAUGGACGGUCCAGUAUCUUAAAUUUAUCGAGAAACCGUCACACCAAGCGUAGUAUAACUGUGAUACGUAACAGUGAUAAUUUGUGUGCCUUAAGAGCCGUAGUCGUUGCUCUAACAUACCAUACGACAUCCUUCCUAAAAUACACUUUUACAUCUAGACAAAUUGCAAACAUACGCCAAGGUCGCCAACUUCAAGGAGUGCUAGCUGGUGAACUAUGUGAAAUUUUGGGAUUAGAUCCCACAAUUGGUUGUUCUCUGCAGGAUAUUCAGAGAGCUGAACAAUUGCUUGAUGUACAAAUUAAAACUGUUUGUGCACAGAACUUUAAUUCAGUUAUUUAUGCAGGACCACCCAAACAAACAAUAUUAUGCUUGUAUAAAAAGACCAUUAUGAUGUCAUUAAUAGUAUGGCCGCUUUUUAUGGGACUGUUUAUUAUUGUCAAAGAUGUGACACUUGUUACAGAAACAAAAAUAAACAUCGAUGUAAAAAGUCUGUACUGUUUUAAUGAGAAGUGCAGGCAGAACCAUGGGCCCGUGUGUGCACUUGUACAUAAAUGUACAGGUUGUAUCAAAGUGAUACAGAGGAAUAAAUGGCAUCACUGCGGGUUUAGCGUAUGUACGAACUGUAACCUGUGGGUGGAAAUCGCUACACAUAAGUGCUACAUGCAGAAAAAGACAACCAAAGGAGGUAUUUGUCCUGUACCAUGCACCUGCAACAAACGUUCUGACAACUUAAACAGAGGUUGCAAAGCAAAUUACAAGCAACCAAUUACCUGUACCGUACCGUGCGUCUGUAACGGUCUUACAGACGUUGUUGUAAGUACAUGUACUUAUACAGAAAAAUACCUAUUUUUUGACUACGAAACAAUGCUUGUUGAUGGAAUACAUACUUUAAUAAUAGCACAUGAUUUCGAUGGAAAUAAAUUUGUUUUUAAAGAUAACAACGAGUUUUGUCAAUGGUUAAUUUCUGAGAAUCACAGCUCAUAUACAGCGAUCGCACACACCGCUAAGGGUUACGACUCGUAUUUUAUCUUGAAGUACUGCGUAUGUAAUACCAUAAAACCCUAUACUAUUUACAGCGGAUCAAAACUGAUGCUGUUAACAAUACACCACCUUGCUUUAAAAAUUAUAGAUAGCUCUAAUUUUGUGAGUGGACCAUUAGCGGAUUUCCCUAAAACUUUUGGGUUGACUGAGUUUAAAAAGGGAUAUUUCCCACAUUAUUUUAACAAGACAGAACACCAUUCGUACAUUGGUCAACUCCCUGAUACCUCUUAUUACGGUCCAAAUACCAUGAAACCCAAGCAAAGAGAAAUCUUUUUACAAUGGCAUGCUGAUAAAGUGUCUGAGAACUACAUCUUUGAUUUCCAAAAGGAAAUUCAUGCAUACUGUGACUCUGAUGUUGUUAUUUUGCGCCGUGAUUGUUUAGAGUUUCGUAAAGAAUUUUUAGCUGUAGCUAAUAUUGAUUGUUUUCGGUACGUUACAAUAGCUAGCACAUGUUUGGCCAUUUACCGAUCAAAAUAUUUACCCCAAAAUCAAAUAGCCGUUGUUGAAAAAACAGAUAUAUACAGCUCUGCAGCCAUUUCGUGGCUAUCGCAGUUUCCUGAUUUACAACACACCCUCAACGGUGGUGAAGUGACAAUUUGCGGUGCUAAAGUAGAUGGCUGUGACUGCUCCACAAAUACUGUGUACCAGUACCACGGCUGCUUCUGGCAUGGCCACCCAGAUUGCUUUAAGAACGACACAAUAAACCAUGUAAAUAAUGAAACUAUGGGUGAUUUGUACGAGAAAACAAUGAGACGCUCGAAUCAAUUACGAGACGCCGGUUACAACCUAGUAGAAAUGUGGGAAUGUGAAUGGAUAAAACAAUGUAAAAAUAUGCCUCAAAUUGUUGAACCCUUAAACCCCCGUAAUGCUUUUUACGGCGGUCGAACAAAUGCUACAAAAUUAAUGAUUCAGAAAGCUUUGGAAAAAGGGUAUAAAAUCAUCAAUAUUAGCGAGGUGUGGCAUUUCGAGAAAACGUCUAGGGAUCUGUUUAAAGGAUAUGUGAAGGAAUUUAUGAAAAUAAAAUUAGAAAGUAGUCCACAUACGUAUGCCUCAUGCGAAGAAUACGCUCGGGCUGUAAAAGAACAAAUGGGUAUAGAGCUCGAUUUAGCGAAAAUAGCACCAAAUCCAGGUAGAAGAGCUGUCGCUAAAAUCUGCUUAAAUAGUCUAUGGGGUAAAUUCGGUCAGCGAUUGAAUCUGUCACAGACUGAAUAUAUCACUAACUGCAAACGAUGGUAUGAGAUUCUGUUGGACGACACAAUAGAUAUUACUAACUGCCUAUUUUAUAACGACAUUGUACAAGCAACAUUUUGUGUGAAAGAGCAGUUUGUGGAAAAAUCUAAAGAUACAAAUAUAUUUAUUGCAGCGUUCACAACGUCCAAUGCUCGCUUACGGUUGUACAACAUGCUUGAUAAACUGGGUGAAGCUGUAGCUUAUUUCGACACAGACUCAAUUGUUUACACUGAUGAUGGUGUUAACACGGUCAAAACGGGUGACAUGUUGGGUGACUGGUCUGACGAAUUACCUACUGAUGACUACAUCACAGAAUUUUUGUCAACAGGUCCUAAAUCUUACCAUUAUAAAACUAUGCUAGGCCGUCAAGUGACUAAAAUUAAAGGGUUUACACUCAACUAUGAAAAUUCUUUAUAUUUAAAUCAAAAUGUUAUGGUUGAUAUAAUUACAACCAAACUAGAAGAUACUGUUUUAUAUUAUGAUCAAAUAUGUAGAGACGUACAUACAAAAAAUAUUAUAAUGGCUUUGUGGUCGACAACAGCUACGUGUGUGAGGUGUGCACCCCUGUACACAGCUGUUGUUGAUGAAAAUUGGGAUGAUGAAUGGCAUGAAUCUCCACUACACCACAUCAGACGUAGAUACUUGUAUCUACACUUAGGUGAUGACACCCAGGGCGGCAGUGGAGGUUCAGGUGACGACACCCAGGGCGGCAGUGGAGAUUUAGGUGACGACACCCAGGGCUGCAGAGGAGAUUCGUGCCAUCCCGAGCCUGAUGAAAAUUGGGACGAUGAAUGGCAUGUGUCACCUUUGCCAUUCAUUAAAGUCGGUGCAUUAUUUAAAAACAUUAUUCGGGAACCGCCGCCGAAAAUGUUAGAAGCAGAGUCACAUCGACGCCGCUCAACGCCCAGCGACAACAGCCUGCCUGCUCAGCAACUAGUCAGCGAAACAGCCCCAGCCGUAACAGUCAACGCCCCAGCGAAACAACCAACGCUAACAGUCAACACCCAGCGAAAACAGCCUGCCUGCUCAGCACCUAGCCAGCGAAACAGCAAAGCCGUAACAGUCAACGCCCCUGUGAAACAGCCAACGCUAACAGUCAACACCCAGCGAAAACAGCCUGCCUGCUCAGCACCUAGCCAGCGAAACAGCAAAGCCGUAACAGUCAACGCCCCUGUGAAACAGCCAACGCUAACAGUCAACACCCAGCGAAAACAGCCUGCCUGCUCAGUACCUAGCCAGCGAAACAGCAAAGCCGUAACAGUCAACGCCCCUGUGAAACAGACAACGCUAACAGUCAACACCCAGCGAAAACAGCCUGCCUGCUCAGCACCUAGCCAGCGAAACAGCAAAGCCGUAACAGUCACACCCCAGCGAAACAGCCAACCUGCUCAGCACCUAGCCAGCGAAACAGCAAAGCCUCACACCCCAGCGAAACAGCCAACCUGCUCAGCACCUAGCCAGCGAAACAGCAAAGCCGUAACAGUCAACGCCCCUGUGAAACAGCCAACGCUAACAGUCAACACCCAGCGAAAACAGCCUGCCUGCUCAGUACCUAGCCAGCGAAACAGCAAAGCCGUAACAGUCAACGCCCCUGUGAAACAGUCAACGCUAACAGUCAACACCCAGCGAAAACAGCCUGCCUGCUCAGCACCUAGCCAGCGAAACAGCAAAGCCGUAACAGUCAACGCCCCUGUGAAACAGACAACGCUAACAGUCAACACCCAGCGAAAACAGCCUGCCUGCUCAGUACCUAGCCAGCGAAACAGCAAAGCCGUAACAGUCAACGCCCCUGUGAAACAGCCAACGCUAACAGUCAACACCCAGCGAAAACAGCCUGCCUGCUCAGCACCUAGCCAGCGAAACAGCAAAGCCGUAACAGUCAACGCCCCUGUGAAACAGCCAACACUAACAGUCAACACCCAGCGAAAACAGCCUGCCUGCUCAGUACCUAGCCAGCGAAACAGCAAUGCCGUAACAGUCAACGCCCCUGUGAAACAGCCAACGCUAACAGUCAACACCCAGCGAAAACAGCCUGCCUGCUCAGCACCUAGCCAGCGAAACAGCAAAGCCGUAACAGUCAACGCCCCUGUGAAACAGACAACGCUAACAGUCAACACCCAGCGAAAACAGCCUGCCUGCUCAGCACCUAGCCAGCGAAACAGCAAAGCCGUAACAGUCACACCCCAGCGAAACAGCCAAACUGCUCAGCACCUAGCCAGCGAAACAGCAAAGCCGUAA